AUGGAGAGGUUAGAUGAAGAAAGCGCCGAUCUAGAUUUUUUAGAAGAGAAUCUAAGGAAAACUCAAGCCCUAACUGAAAAAAUGAUCGUGGCUGGAAGGUCAGAUGAAAUCAACGCGGCUAACUUCAAAAAGAAUCCUCGAAUUACUAUACUAAAUGAGGAUUUUGCUGAGACUAGCAUGUUGAAUGUAUUUGAUGAUCGAUUGGUGAGGUUAGAAGCGUCAAUAUUGCCAAUACAUAAAUCGACCCAGACAUUAACAAAGUUGGUGGAUAACGUUGAUAAAACUCGUAAUGGAGUUCACGAAAUAAUAGGAUAUUUUGAUCUAAUUGAACAGGAAGAGGCGAUAAUAAAAAAAGGACCCAAGGAGGAUGAUUUGGAACCCUACCUAAAGUCUAUUGACAAAUGUAGUAAAGCCAUGGGAGUUUUGAGCACGAUGAGAAUGAAAAGUAGUGAAAAAAUCACAAGCCAACUGAAACAAAUCUUAAAAGCGGCGAUGUUACAGCUGGAGGAAAUUUUUCGAAUAUUGCUAACCAGUCGAAGUAAUCCUAUCGAACCGCUUUCAUAUAUCACAAAAAAUCUAGAUAUUCCUGGUAUACCACAAGAUUCUUUGGAAAUUCUUUCGAAAUUAGCUACUUACCUUGUCGCUUCUGGUCCGGAAUUCGGUUAUAAUAGCGACUUCGUUAAAGAUUAUGUCGAUAUUAGAUCAAAUUAUCUUGUGAAAUCAUUAACUUUAUCAUCCCAAGGAUCAAUCAGUACGGCCGAAAAAAGAAGCACACCUGUAUAUGAAAAAGGUACUUGCGGUUUCAACUCAUAUACGGAAUCCUUACUGAAGAUGUUUCAGGCAGAGUACAAUGUUGCAGAGAAAGUGCUUCCACGGGAAUACGUCGCUUCGGGAUUCCGUGAGACAAUACAACGACCUCUUGAAAAUUUCGUUGAAACUGGAAAGAUAUUAAAUAAUCGUGCGAAAAAGAAUAUGCAAACCGAUGUUUUUCUCGCCUUUGAUAUGAUGGAAACGUUAAAUAAAAAUUCAGGAACAUUCGAUGAAAUUUUUAGGAUCACAGGAAAAAAGGACCCAUCAUAUGGAGAUCUCUUACAUUCAUUGAUGGCCGUUGCCUUACGCUCCUUUCCAGAAUUUUUGGAAGAAAUAAAGAGUCAUCGCACCAAAACUUCUGGUCUUCCCAAUGAUGGAACUGUACAUGAACUAACAAUCACAACAUUGCAACAUCUAAAACGUUUGGCUGAUUAUCCCGAGACAGUUGGAUCGGUGUUAUUAACUUUGGGGGAUGGUAAUUGGAGUAUGUCAGAGAAAGAUCUAAAUUUCUCUCGUGAUAAGAACGGUCGUGCAUCAUCUGGAAGUGUCAUAAUAAGACAUUAUUUCGCUGAUGUUCUGGAAAGUUUAGCGCAAAGUCUUGAUAGCAAAUCCAAAACAUAUAAGAAGGCCGCGUUGACCUCCAUAUUUCUGCUUAAUAACUAUCAUUAUAUACUGAAAUCCAUAAGAACUCAAUUCUUAUCUGUGUUGGAUCCGGAAAUCGAGUUCAAGUAUGAAAAAUUGGUGAAAAAAUAUAACGACGCUUAUCAGGACUCAUGGAAACCUUGUUGUGGAAAUCUUAUGGACUACACGAUGGUGCGCGGAGGUACCUUGAAGUCAACGUUGGGUUCCAAUGAAAAGCAGAAUGUCAAGGAAAAGUUUAAGAAUUUCAACACGGAAUUUGACGAAAUGUGCAAAGUUAAUAAAGGAUAUGCCAUACCAGAUUUGGAACUUCGUACUCAAGUUAUUAAAGAUAUAAAGGCUGUUUUGAUACCGAUGUAUAAUCGCUUUUUAGAAAAGCAUCAACAAUCGGAGUUUUCAAAAACCCCCACAAAAUAUAUCAAAUAUGAUCCAGUAACUCUUGAGAAUAUGGUGAAUCGUUUGUUUGACGGUUCAAUAUAUUAG